AUGGUGUCUUGGUCCACGAUCCAGACGCUCCUUGUCCUCUUUGGGCCUAUUUUAUAUACCAGAGGCAAGGCCUUCUACCAAUCCACCAAAUCCCGCGGUCCUCCUCAACCACUACCCAAAGCUUCAAGGCGUCUCCUUAAUGUCCUUUUCGUUACCGCCCUCAUUGCUCUCGCCUCAACAUUUGAAUACUUCACUCCUGAAAAUAUCUUCACAUUAACAGACUCUCGCCUUCUACAAACUCCAACAGACGUCUUGUUCAACCGUGUGUCUCACAUCCGCGAACUUACUCCAUCAGAUGAAAUUCUCCGCCGGCGCCUAAGCAGUAAGGAAGGUCGGCUUCUCUACGCAACAUAUGGACCUGGCCCGCUCUCCGAAUGCGCCUGGUGUAAAGUCGAUGAUCCGAAUACGUUCUUCUUUUAUGCACUUCCAAUAAUGGCGCUACCACACCUUCUCCAUAUUGCUGUCAUUGGGAUUGUGACAUCAUCAUUCUUCUCUCGUCAUGGCGUCAUCUGGAGGACUCAAGCCACUAUAGCCGGUGUUGCAUUAUUUCUGGCUGAAAUCUACAUGGUCGGCAUUUCAACCUCUGCUCAUACGCUCAACACUAUAGCCAAAACCCAACAGGAAACCAAAUGGACACAAUGGAGUCUGUUUUUAUACCGAGGCGUCGCCAUGGCUGCUUUGGAUGGAAUUCUUGGUUAUUUCGUUUUCUUGUCUGGAACAGGCCGCUGGACUCUUGGUCUCGAAGGUGUCCGCAUAGAAGAAAGACUUGAAACCCUCACAAAAUCAAUCGAAAUCGUGGCAUCUAGACUUCACGCAGACAACCUAUUGCGCCAGACCAUACUCCGCAAUAAAACCCUUCGAGAAAGAAUGGUCGAUCAUUGGACAAACGAAGAGAACGUUGCGCGCGAGAUUAUGGAGGAUGAUGAGGUCCAGCAGAGUAGGAUAAACUUUGUUACGAAUAGAUCCAAUUUGGAUAAACUUGAGGAGGAAGCGGGGAAAAAGAGUGAGGGGGUGGUGGAUAGGAUCAGUGCAUGGAGGGGUUUUCCAGCUGGAAAGGCUUCUUAA